AUGGUUCUCGACAGACUCCAGCAGCUGGCCCAUCACGUCAACGCGACAACCCCUCCACCUCAUCCAUUCGAUCCUCUUUCCACCACAGAGAUUGAUGCAGCCGUCACCCUAAUUCGCAAGGAGCAUGGAUCACUCAACUUCAAUGCGGUCACAUUGUACGAGCCCCGCAAGGCUCAGAUGAUGGCUUGGCUGAAAGACCCUGAAAACGCCCCUCGGCCAGUCCGCGCUGCUGAUGUCGUUGCCAUUGCACCCGGCGGUAAGAUUUAUGAUGGUGUGGUGGACCUGGACCAAAGAAAAAUUGUGGAGUGGAAACACACGCCUGAUGUCCAGCCCUUGAUCACCAUGGAAGACCUGCAGGAGGUGGAGCACAUCGCGCGUAAAGACCCGAAGGUCAUAGAGCAGUGCGGUAUUAUUGGUAUUCCCCCAGAGGAUAUGCAUAAAGUGUACUGUGAUCCUUGGACGAUUGGCUACGACGAACGUUUCGGCACCGGGGUCAGACUACAGCAAGCCCUCAUGUAUUAUCGUCCUCAUGUCGAUGACUCUCAGUACACCUAUCCAUUGGACUUCUGCCCUAUCUAUAACGCAGAGACCAAGCAGAUCAUUCACAUCGAUGUGCCCUCAGUACGAAGACCGCUGAACAAAGCUCCCCCAAACAACUAUCUUCCAGCAUCCAUCGAGAAAGAAGGAGGCUUCCGUACAGACAUCAAGCCAAUUCAUAUCACUCAGCCUGAAGGUGUCUCUUUCCAGGUGAAGGACCGCAUUAUUGACUGGCAAAACUGGAACAUCCACGUCGGCUUCAACUACCGUGAGGGCAUUGUCCUCAAUAACAUCACAUUCAAUGAUAAGGGCAAUGUACGACCGAUCUUUUACCGACUCUCAUUGGCGGAGAUGGUGGUUCCUUACGGCAAUCCGGAGCAUCCACAUCAGCGGAAGCAUGCCUUUGAUCUAGGCGAGUAUGGUGGUGGCUAUAUGACAAACAGUCUGUCUCUUGGAUGUGACUGCAAGGGAGCGAUUCACUAUAUGGAUGCUGCUUUUGUCAACGGUGCCGGUGCCUCAACAAUCAUCAAGAAUGCUAUUUGUAUCCACGAAGAGGACGCCGGCAUUCUCUUCAAGCACACUGACUUCCGCGACGAGUCAAUGGUCGUGACCCGCGGUCGCAAGCUGAUUAUUUCGCACAUCUUCACUGCUGCCAACUACGAAUACUGUGUAUACUGGAUCUUCCAUCAAGAUGGUACUGUUCAGCUCGAGAUUAAGCUGACCGGUAUCUUGAACACAUACUCUCUGAACCCAGGCGAGGAUACUAAGGGCUGGGGUACUGAAGUAUACCCGGGUGUGAACGCUCACAAUCACCAACACUUGUUCUGUUUACGCGUUGACCCCAACAUCGAUGGGCCAGACAACACAGUCUUCCAGGUUGACGCCGUUCGUGGUCCUGGAGAAGUUGGUAGUGCCGAGAACAAGUAUGGCAAUGCUUUUUACGCCAAGAAGACUAAAUAUACCACUCCCGUCGAAUCCAUGUCCGAUUAUGAUGGUUUCACCACACGCACCUGGGACAUGGCCAACACCAACAAGCUCAACCCAUAUAGUAAAAAGCCAGUUAGCUAUAAGCUUGUCAGCCGUGAUGUUCCGCCACUUCUUCCCAAGGAAAAUAGCCUGGUCUGGAAGCGAGCUGGAUUUGCACGUCAUGCAAUCCAUGUUACAAAAUACUCCGAUGACGAAAUUCAUCCAGCUGGGCGCCACGUUCCUCAAACCUCGGGUGAGCCCUCGCAUGGCUUACCAGCCUGGAUCGAGGCUGCUGGGUCCAACUGCUCAAUCGAUAACACGGAUGUUGUCCUGUGGCACACAUUCGGUCUGACACAUUUCCCGGCCCCUGAGGACUACCCUAUUAUGCCCGCAGAGCCGAUGACACUACUUCUGCGCCCGCGCAACUUUUUCACCCGAAACCCUGUGCUGGACGUUCCACCUAGCUUUUCACGCUCACCAUCUCAGGUGGCAGCAGGGGCGAACAAUUGCGCUUGCAAAAAGAAUGAUGGAUCCAGUGUGCUAGUUUAG